AGAGCGAAGUUUGUGGAGCGGGCCUGACAUCACUCACUCUCUCCACUCCGGGCGCUGGGGACGGACAGACAGGACGGACAGACGAGCUGUGAGCCAGGGUCAGACCGCCAGGAGCUGGGCAGAGACGCACCAGCCGGGGCGCCCACGGGGGCUCCAGAAAGUUCCUCCCACGUCUAGGAAGGAGAGAACCGUCCAACUCCAAACCUGUAUGGAGACAAUGAGGACUCUUGACAUAAAAAGGAAACCGUGAGGGGCCACGACCUCCCUCUGCGAGCCUGAGGCUGAGCGCUGCCGCCCCAGCCCCACUGCCCCCGGCCGUGCCCGGGGCUGCUUCUCCUCCCCGGCCCCCAGCCCGUCCGCCCCGCCGGUGUGUUUAGCGGUCACCGGAGACUGAAGCACUGGAAGGCGAGGGACAAACCCCGGUUAGCUCCCCGCGGCUGACUCCCUGCGUUAACUCUCUGUGGUUCACAAACUUUGGAGAAACAGAUUGUGGGGGUUUUGUCUUUCUUUCUGGAACAUGUGAAAAUGUCCUUUUCCCAAGGAAGUGAAAACUAAAGAGGACACUGUGCCAGAGACCCUCGGGAAUUCCGCUUGGACCACAUUUUCACCUCGUCGGGGGAGAAACACCAUGAGGAAGCUGCUGCCCCUUUGCUGCUGGCGUCCCUGGCUGCUCUUACUUCACUGCGGCUUCCAGGUGCACGGAGCCGUCGCCAGGUCACAGGCCCAUCCAGGGUUUGAAGUCUUGGCUUCCGCUUCCUAUUACUGGCCGUUGGAAAAUGUGGACGGGAUCCACGAACUUCAGGACACAACUGGAGCGUUACGAACCCACAACCUCACUGUGCUUCUUCCCCAUAAUUCUGCCUUUGUUUAUACCAAUGACUCUGCCUACUCAAAUUUCCCUGCGACCGUAGACAUUGUGGAAGGGAAGGUCAGCAAAGGCGUUUACUUCAAGGAGGACAAAGGAGUCACGUUUCUCCAUUACGGGAGCUACAAGGCUUCCUGCAUCAGCAACCCAGCGCAGUGCGGCCCUGAGGGGGUCACGUUCUCUUUUUUCUGGAAGACCCAAGGAGAACAGUCCAGACCAACCCCCUCUGCGUACGGGGGUCAGGUCAUUUCCAACGGGUUCAAAGUCUGCUCCAGCGGUGGCAAGGGCUCGGUGGAGCUGUAUGCGCGGGAGAACUCCAUGACGUGGGCGGCCACCUUCAGCCCCCCAGGCCCCUACUGGACUCACGUGCUGUUUACAUGGAAGUCCAAGGAGGGUCUGAAGGUCUACGUCAAUGGGACCCUGAGCACAUCAGACCCAAGUGGAAAAGUGUCUCACGCCUACGGGGAGCCCAGCGUCAACCUCGUCAUAGGAUCUGAGCAGGACCAGACCAAGGGCUACGAGAACGGAGCUUUUGACGAGUUCAUCAUCUGGGAGCGGGCCCUGACUCCGGAUGAGAUCGCCAUGUACUUCACGGCCGCCGUUGGAAAGCAUGUCUUCUUGUCUUCAACACCACCAAGCCUCUUCAUGACACCCACAGCAAACACCGUGCCGCCCACCGAUGCCUACCAUCCCAUCAUAACCAACUUGACAGAGGAGAGGAAGAACUUCCAGAGUGCUGGAGUUGUUUUGAAUUACCUCCAAAAUGUGUCCCUCAGCUUACCCAAUAAAUCCCUCUCGGAGGAAACAGGACUGAAUCUCACCAAGACUUUCUUGAAAACCGUGGGAGAGGUUCUUCGUUUGCCCAGUUGGACUGCCGUGUCAGAGGACAGCGCCUUGGUGCUGGGCUUGAUAGAAACCGUCGACGCCGUCCUGGGCCACAUAUCUUCCAACCUGCAGGCCAGCGAGCCCAAGGUCACCAUCGCGGGCUCCUCGUCCAUGGCAGACUUUUCAGUGGCCAGACUCCUACCCAAGACCAUGAACUCCUCCCACUACCGCUUCCCGGCCCGGGGCCAGAGCUACAUCGAGAUCCCCCACGAGGCUUUCCACAGCCAAGCCUGGACCACCAUCGUGGGCCUCCUCUACCACUCCGUGCACUAUUACCUGAGCAACAUCCCGCCAGCCAACACCAAGAUCACUGAGGCAGCACAUUACAAAAGCUGCUUGCUGUCUGCCGCCAGCCACCUGAUCUCCCUGGAGGUCUCCCCGACGCCCAGGCUCUCCCAGAACCUGUCGGGCUCCCCGCUCGUCACUGUCCAUCUCCGGCACCACUUGACUCAAAGGCAGUACAUCGAGGCCACCAAUGAGAGCAACAGAGUCUUCCUGUACUGCGCCUUCCUGGACUUCAGCUCCGGAGAAGGCGUCUGGUCGAACCAGGGCUGCGCUCUCACGGAAGGGAACCUCAGCUACUCCACCUGCCGCUGCACACACCUCACCAACUUCGCCAUCCUGAUGCAGGUGGUCCCGCUGGAGCUCGCUCUCGGACACCAGGUGGCGCUCUCGUCCAUCAGCUACAUCGGCUGCUCGCUGUCGGUGCUCUGCCUGGCCGUCACGCUGGUGACCUUCGCCGUGCUCUCCUCGGUCAGCACCAUCCGGAACCAGCGCUACCACAUCCAUGCCAACCUGUCCCUUGCCGUCCUGGUGGCCCAGGUCCUGCUGCUCAUCAGCUUCCGCUUCGAGCCGGGCACGACCCCGUGCCGGGUGCUGGCCGUGCUCCUGCACUACUUCUUCCUGAGCGCCUUUGCGUGGAUGCUGGUGGAAGGUCUGCAUCUCUACAGCAUGGUGAUCAAGGUCUUCGGCUCGGAGGACAGCAAGCGCGGCUACUACUACGGGAUGGGCUGGGGCUUUCCUCUUCUGAUCUGUAUCAUUUCAAUAGUCUUUGCCACGGACAGUUACGGAGCAAGUAAGAAUUGCUGGCUGUCUCUCAGGAACGGCGCCGUCUGGGCCUUCGUCGCCCCAGCGCUCUUCAUCAUUGUGGUCAACAUCGGCAUCCUCAUCGCCGUGACCAGGGUCAUUUCACAGAUCAGCGCUGACAACUACAAGAUACACGGUGACCCCAGCGCCUUCAAGUUGACAGCGAAAGCUGUGGCUGUGCUGCUGCCCAUCCUGGGAACCUCAUGGGUCUUCGGCGUCCUUGCUGUCAACAGCCAGGCCGUGGUCUUCCAGUACAUGUUUGCCAUACUCAACUCCCUGCAGGGAUUUUUCAUCUUCCUCUUUCACUGUCUCCUGAAUUCGGAGGUGAGAGCGGCCUUCAAGCAUAAAACCAAGGUCUGGUCCCUCACGAGCAGCUCCGCCCGCCACGCCAACGUGAAGCCCUUCAGCUCGGACAUUAUGAAUGGGACCCGGCCAGGCACAGGCUCCACCAAGCUCGGCCCCUGGGACAAGAGCAGCCACUCUGCGCACCGCGUGGACCUGUCUGCCGUGUGAGCAGGGGGGCCACUGCCCCGGCUGGCCUGCUGCUCAGAAUCCCCCAGCCCCUGCAAACAACACACGAGAAACACUCCACCCUCGCCAGCGGGACCCUCUCCUCGUUGCUGUCUGGACGUGGGGGUCACGGCCCCUGUGACAGCCGUCCUCACCUGUGACCCGCCCUCUGUGACAGAGCCCACGGCUCAGCCCGCAGCCUGUUUCACAGCGAUGGCGACCCUGGCUGUGGGCUGAGCGUCUGCCUCCGGGCCCCUGGAACACACCACGGUCCCUCCCCGUAAUCACUGCAAGUGCACGGAGUGUCGGCCCCUUGAUACCGUGUGCACACAGGACCCAGGGCUGCAGCACCAGGAGGGAAGUUUAGCCUCUGCCACGCGAAGGGGACGGGGACCAGAGGCGAGGGUCCUGCAGGGGAGGGUCAGGCGGAGGCAGCUGUGGGCACAUGGAAAAGCGAAUAAGGAAGGUUUGCCACCUGCUGACUUUACCCAACAAGGUCCCCAAAGCCAGGCGCCCACCAAACAGUGACCCUUUCUGCAGGGUGACACCAGCGUGGGCCACCUUCACGAUCUGGUCAUGUGCCCAUGCUGGGGCUCCGCUGAGGCCGAGGGCUUUGGGCUGGAGGGGCCAGGGGGGUGGCUGCCCAGGCCCUGUCUGUGGGCGGUGCCUUGCCAAGGUGAAGCCCCAGGUGGGGUCUUCUGCCCCGAGAGCUUCUCAGCCCCUUCCCCGGGAGCCCCGGGAGUGCUGGCUCGCCAGACCCACAGGCAGCCGUAAACUCUGCCCCUUUUCUUGCAUCUGAGCCUUCUCUGUGUUCACGGCGGCCCACCAAGCCACCGUCUUCCAGCUUCCCCUAGAGAGUUUCUCCCUCAUCACGUGUAAAUUUUCCACGUCUGUAAGGAGCAGAUCCCAGUGUGGGGGGAGCACAGUACAUGAUUUCCUGUCGCUACGGAGGCAGAUCCUGACAGGCGGCGGCUGCCUGCUCCCCGCGUGGCACGCUGCUGGGAGGGGGUCCGGCCCGGGGACGGAGGGUGGCAGUAACCGUGUCUUCCGAGUUGACAUUAAUUCGUGGACCUGGCCUGAGCCCCCUGGGAAAUGGGAUAAUCACUAUGGCUCCGCGUGUGGGUUUGCGGUCCUGGAUGGGAGCCGGAAGGCCGCUGGAAUGUUGGCAGAGAGACUACGAGCUGUCGUGCUGUGAUGACAGCUCUCCCCGUGCUGUGGCGAGUGUGGGUGAGAAGUGCCAGCCUGCUUGUGAUACUGGAAGCCCUUCCUUUAGAACUGUGACGGUCGUGGCGUUAAUGCCCGCCCCCCACGUCUGCUUUGUGUCGGAGUGAGUGUUUAUGGAGUUCCGGGGACCUUUUCCCUCUUCAGUGGACGCCUUCGUAGGUCACCCCCUCCCCCGCCCCCGAGGACCACGAGUGUAAGGUCAUCUUCAAGGUCUCCUGCCGGGGCACGGGCCGCACACCCAGCCGCGUGUUGCGCUUCCUCCCGGGUGAGGUCCCACGUGCACCAGCCCACCCAGCACCCGGUGGCAGCGCCACGUGCCGUCCCCACGGACCUGCCGCGGGGGGUGAGCCCGGCUGGUGCAGGCGGAGACCCCACGCUGCGUGAAAAGUCCGAGUGUGCCGGCGCCUGCCCCAGGCGCCCCUGGCGCCCCCGGAAGCCAGUCCCGUGUAGUGCGGUUUAGGCCCUUGUCCAGCCUGAGCGCACCUAGAAGUGAGAACACUGUAUUCCUACGAUUUACACUUGGAUUUUUUUUUCUUAUUUAGUUUCUGCUGAAGCAAAUCAAGUAGGGAACUGUCCUCAUUUUAGAUGGGACUCUGUUUUUUUUUUUUAACUCUCAGCGUAUUCACUCUACGUAGCUAACGUGUCAGGGGAAGUAACGGACGAACCUUUUAUUUCUAAAGAAUGGAAGUAGCGCACCCUGUUGAUAGGCUGCAUGUUUGGCUUCUGCGGUACUUUGUUAUCUACACAUAAUUUGGUCAAAGAUAAGAAAUCGGAAAGAACUGUGUGUUCAAAGGAGUUUCUCGCACAGGAAAAAUGAUGAGCGCCACGCAGCAGUGAAAAUACGUUGUGAUUUUGGGGAAAUAAAAUCUUAACAUCCUCCAAAUAAAGUGUGAUCCUCGAUCUCUUGCUAGUGGAAGGGCAGCGGAACUGUGAGUCUUCCUGACAAAACUCUAAAGAGAAACAAAACACACGUGGGUGAGAGCCUGGCCUGGGAUUCACUCAACACGCAUUUGUCCAGCGCCUUCUGGGCACCUGGCACACGCCAGCUCCGGGGACACAGUGGUGGACGAUGCCCUGCGCUCUGGGGAGACGCCAGCCAGUGGGCGUGGUGAGGAGGGACCGGCACUGGGGCUGGUGCAGCCCCGUGUCUCCCCAGGCUGAUGCACUGCACGGUAUA